AUGGCGCACCUCUUCAUACUUCCCCCAGAUAUCCCCCUCACAACAACAGCCAACGCCCGUACCAAUCCCUAUCGUCGAAGACCAAGCGCACCUCAACAACAGCACCACCCACCAUCUCAAGCCCAAGCCCAAGCUCAAUUCCAAGACGAAAACCUCAUCGACCUCGACGAUCCACGAACAGACAGCGUGACGUUUUCUCUCGACGGCAGCUAUCCCCCCUCCCCUUCGGAAACGGGCUACGACCCAGCAGCAGCAGCAGCUCGCCGAAACAGCAGCGCCCUAGCAGCCCACCGCAACCCAUCAUCCAUCUCCUCCCAACAACAACAACAACAACAACCACAACAGCAAAACCGCACCCGCUCCCCCGGAGGAGCCCUAACCCCCAACCCCAACCCCGAACCCAGCGCCAACACCAACAACGACGACAACGACAUCAUCAUCGUAACCGUCCGCCUAACCAACACCUUCCGCAAAUCCUCCAUCUCCCCGGAAGCCUGCACAGAACUCCCCUCGCGGCCUCCCCGACGCGGCUUCCUGCAACGCAUGACGACGCGCAUCCACCGCAAUUGGGACCACAGCGCGGAGAAGGAAGAGCGGUAUAAAGCCGUCAAGAUGCCGCGGGGGGAGUAUAGGCGGUAUUUCGCGAGGGAUCGGGAGCGGAAUUUUUCUUCUGCUUCUGCUGGGAGUGGCGAGGAGGAGGAUCAGGAGGGGGAGAGGGAAUGGGAUGAAGACGAAUUGAUGGGAAGGUAUGCCGUUUAUCAGGAAAUGCCGUUGAGUCGGGUGGUGGUUGUUGGGGGGAGUUGA